CACAAACACACACACCAUCCAUCCCACGAGGAGAGGACAUGGCCGGUGUAUUUGGGAAGAUCUUCGUGGGUAUUUACGUGGAGAUCAAACGCAGCGACGGACGAAUACACCAGGCCAUGGUCACGUCGCUGCACGAGGACAAUGACAGCGUGACGGUGGAGUGGAUCGAGAACGGAGACACCAAAGGGAAAGAGAUCGAUCUGGAGAGCGUCUUUGCUCUGAAUCCAGAUGUUGUUCCUGAUGAGGAGAUACCACAGAGUCCUGAGGCUCCUCUUCCUCCCUCCAAUGCUGCCAAAACCAGCAAACUCCCCAAGACCAAACGGACUACAUCGAUACCUAAAGCUGAGAAUCCUCCACGAGAGAAUAGAGCUGCAGCAGUGGGAACCACCCGGGCUCGUCCCAGCCAGCACAGCCAACCAGUAGAGCCGCCCCCCCCAGCCAUCACCCCCCAGUCUGCACUCAACAUGACGCUGCUGCAGCAGCAGAACGCACGGAAGAAAUCCAACUGUGUGAAGGAAGUUGAGAAACUGCAGGAGAAACGAGAGAAGAGACGACUUCAGCAGCAAGAGCUCAGAGAGAAGAGAGCACAGGAGGUGGAAGUGCAAUUACCAAACUAUGAAAUCAUGUGUAUGAUCAGAGACUUCAGAGCCAGUCUGGACUACAGGCCUUUAACCACCAAUGAUCUGAUUGAAGAGCACAGGAUAUGUGUGUGUGUACGUGCACGUCCUCUUAAUAAAAAAGAGCUGACAACGAAGGAUUUGGAUGUGAUCACCAUUCCCAGUAAGGACGUGGUGAUGGUCCACGAGCCCAAGCAGAAGGUGGACCUGACCCGCUACCUGGAGAACCAGACUUUUCGAUUCGACUACACCUUCGAUGAGAACUCCACCAACGAAAUGGUUUACAGGUUCACCGCUCAGCCGCUGGUUGAGACCAUUUUUGAGCGAGGGAUGGCGACCUGCUUUGCUUACGGACAAACUGGAAGUGGAAAAACACAUACGAUGGGAGGCGACUUUUCCGGAAAGAACCAGGACUGCUCUAAAGGGAUCUACGCACUCUCCGCCAGAGAUGUUUUUCUCAUGAUAAAGAAGCCAAAUUACAAGAAGUUGGAUCUUCAAAUCUUUGCCACAUUUUUUGAGAUUUACAGCGGGAAGGUGUUCGAUCUGCUAAACCGCAAAGCCAAGUUACGGGUCCUGGAGGACGGGAAGCAGCAGGUUCAGGUGGUGGGGCUGCAGGAGAGGGAGGUGAAAUGCACGGAGGAAGUCCUCAAACUCAUCGAAGUGGGAAACAGCUGCAGGACUUCUGGUCAGACCUCGGCGAACGCUCACUCCUCUCGGAGCCACGCCGUCUUCCAGAUCAUUCUCCGCCGGCGGGGGAAGAUGCACGGAAAGUUCUCCCUGAUCGACCUGGCGGGGAACGAGAGAGGGGCCGACACGUCCAGCGCCGACCGCCAGACCCGCCUGGAAGGAGCCGAGAUCAACAAGAGCCUGCUGGCACUAAAGGAGUGUAUCCGAGCGUUGGGCAGAAACAAACCUCACACUCCGUUCAGAGCCAGCAAGUUAACCCAAGUGCUGCGAGACUCCUUCAUAGGAGAAAACUCCAGAACAUGCAUGAUUGCGACCAUCUCUCCAGGAAUGGCUUCAUGUGAGAACACUUUGAACACGCUGAGAUAUGCCAACAGGGUGAAGGAACUCACCGUGGACCCUGCAGCAGAGAUGGACAUCCGUCAGGGAGGACACGUCAACCAGCUGGAGGUGCUGGAGGCUCAGUGGGGAGUUGGGAGUUCUCCUCAGAGGGACGAUCUGAAGCUGCUCUGUGAACAGAACGAGGAGGAGGUUUCCCCGCAGCUCUUCACUUUCCACGAGGCCGUCUCUCAGCUGGUGGAGAUGGAGGAGCAGGUUCUGGAGGACCACAGGGUCGUUUUCCAGGAGUCGAUCCGCUGGCUGGAGGACGAGAAGGUGCUUCUGGAAAUGACGGAGGAGGUGGACUACGACGUCGAGUCAUUUGCGACUCAACUGGAACAAAUCCUGGACCAGAAGAUCGACAUUCUCACCGAGCUGAGAGAUAAAGUCAAGUCUUUCCGUUCUGCACUCCAGGAAGAGGAGCAAGCUAGCAAACAGAUAACCCCGAAGAGGCCUCGUGCACUAUAG